CAAUCACGAAACGGGAUGCUAGUGAAGCUGUACGAGAAGGCAGAAAACUGUCACCAGAUAAACCAUUGCUCUCCAGAAUUCUCGGGGUGUCCUCCAAAAAUGAGCAGGAUUGCUGGCCUCCUACGGCGAAGCUUUGGAAUAGUACGUGAACAUGUCGGGACAGAUCACUUGGGGAAUAAAUAUUACUCUAUUCCCGAACAGAAGACGUGGACAGGGAGGCAGAUCCGUGCCAAGCGGAUGGUGGAGGCAGCCAAUCCUGCAGAGUAUGAAUAUAUGGAGGGCAGCAUUCCGAUAGAGUGGGAAGCUUGGAUCCGAGGUAGACGGAAGGAGCCUCCCUCCAUCGAGGAGCUGAUGAUGCACGAGUCCCAGAGGAACGAGGUCAAGCUGAAGGCGAUGGAGCUGGAGGAGAAAGAUCUGGCACUACAGGCUAAAGACUAUGAGGAAGGCCUAGUGGCGACUCCUGCCAGGACUGUGGCCAAGGGCCACGCAUCCGCCGCCGUCUUUGGCAAGGAGGAGCUCAGCGAGGAGCCAACCAGCACUGCAAACAAGUUCCAGCCCGGUUCCUGGAUGCCCACGUCAAAGAAAUAGCUCGAGACCUCCACAGAGACUGAGACAUGAGGCAGUGCAAAGUAAAAUACAGUCCAAACGUUAGCAGUGAGUACUUUGUUUAGGAUUGAAAUUCUUCUAUGGAAGAGUUUCUGUUAUCAAAUUGAAGACUUUAACUAAAUAUAGAAUGAUCUGUUUUUAGGUUUAAAGAAAGUCUGAAAAAAAAUUAGUGUGAUUUUACUUUAAAACUGAUUGAUAGAAUCAGUCAUUCUAUCAGACUUUAUUUAUAGAGCACUUUUCUUACACUCAGGUGCAACACAAUGCUUUAUAGAUGUUAAAAACAGAAAGAAGGGACAGCGAACCACAACAGACACAAUGAGAUUUACCAAAGUGAUCAAAUCAGGGCAAGUGCAGUUGUAUAAUUAUAUUGAUAAAUCUGAUUUAAACAAAUGGUCUCCACAUUUCUACUACCAGAACAUACAAUAAUAUUUCACUAUAAUUUCAUAAGCAAUCCUUUCAUUCACUCCAGCAGAUUUCUGUCAAAAUUCAACAGAGAAUCCAA